GGGCCGCAUUUCUGUGAGAGAGAUCUUGGGCGCAGUGUGGUACUUGGCGGCAUGGCAGCUUCUCGAGAUUUGGAGGAGGAAAGGAACAACGAAGAGGAAACUUCUCCAAAAGGAGGACUAUGGUGAAAAGAAAGCUGAAAGGGGAAAUCAGGAUAGUCACUUCGCUCCAGAAUGCAUGGAGUUUACUCAGAACCACAAUACAAGAAGCCCAGUUAGAUUGUAUACCCAUAAGGAGGAAAGGUACCACUAAGUCCAGGAGGAUGCCAGCAAGGCUAACAGACCAUAGAGACUAUAUUUUGGAGCCACUCUCUCUGCCAGAAAGCCCAGGUGGUGUUUCUGCUGUAGAAGGCUCUCCAUCUGUGCCUUGUAUAUUCUGUGAAGAAUAUUCUCCUUCAUCGGAACAAAACCAACUUUUUAAGCACAUGAUUAUCGAGCACAAGCUUGUUAUAGCAGACGUUAAGCUGGUUGCAGAUUUUAGGAGAUAUGCACUGUACUGGAAGAAAAGAUUUACAGAGCAACCCAUUACAGACUUCUGUUGCGUAAUAAGAACGAAUUCUGAAGCAUCAUUAGAGGAACAGGACAACUAUUUUCUUCUAUGUGAUGCUUUACCUGAAGACAGAAUACUGAGGGAGAAGCUCCAGCAACAGAGACUGAGAGAAAUUUUGGAGCAGCAACAGCAAGAGAGAGAUGACACAGACUUCAAUGGCACAUGUAUGUUCUGUGAUAAAGAACUUACUGGAAACAGAUCUGUCCUUCUCAAUCACAUGGCAAAUGAUCAUGCCUUCAAUGUUGGGCUGCCAGAUAACAUUGUGAACUGCAAGGGUUUUUUGGAAGUUGUACAGAAAAAACUUGACAGUUUGCAGUGUUUAUACUGUGAAAAAAUCUUUCGAGAUAAAAACACACUCAAGGAUCACAUGAGAAAGAAGCAGCAUCGCAGAAUCAAUGCCAAAAACAGAGAAUAUGACAGAUUUUAUAUUAUUAAUUACCUGGAAUUUGGCAAAUCAUGGGAAGAGGUACAGUCAGAAGAUGAUCGAGAAUGGUUAGACAACCAGGAAGAAGACUGGUCUGACUGGGAAGAACAACAUCCUGUUUGUGCUGUCUGCCUCUUUUGUGAGAACCAGACAGACACCACAGAAAAACUCUAUGCUCACAUGGAGGAGAGUCAUGGAUUUGACAUGCUAAAAAUUAAGACUGAGCAUGGCUUAAAUUUCUAUCAGCAAGUAAAGCUAGUGAACUUCAUCAGAAGGGAAGUCCACCAGUGUCGAUGCUACAAUUGCCAGGAGAAGUUCCAGUUAAAGAAAGAGUUGGUAGAUCAUAUGGAAGAGACCAAACACAUAGCACUUUUGCCAGCCAGAUCCAUGUGGGAUCAGCCACAGUAUUAUUUUCCUACAUAUGAAAACGAUACUCUUCUCUGUACACUCUCAGACAGUGAGGAGGAACUGACAGCUGGGAAACAAAGAGAGGAUGUGCCGGUCAUCAGUGAGGAUCUUUCUAACAUAGAGGCUCUGAAACAGAAUAGUGUGUUAAACCACCUUCUCCGUGAAGAGAUGAAUAAUGAAGGAGAAGGUUGAUGUUAGGGGAAAUCCAUUUCUUAAUAUAUGGGCAGCUGCCUGGCAAAAUCAAAAUCUGAUUUGGUAAUGCAAUUGUAAUCCAUGAUAGUAAUAGAUGAAUGUAUUGAGUAGGAAGCUCAAAUAAAAUCUAACCAUUUAAAAAAAACAAA